AUGAGCAGGCUUAUAAAAACAGACCAUGAUAGGCUUCACGUAUUGCAGGCUGAUGCUGUACCAUUCAUAAAGGGCGUGGAUUUGUUUCAGAUCACCUUCUACGAGGAUAGGAACUUUGGGGGUCGCUCUUAUGACUGCAGUGGUGACUGCAGUGACCUCAGCUCCUACCUGAGACACUGCUACUCCUGCAGAGUGCAUAGUGGCUGCUUCAUGCUCUAUGACGGCUGUAAUUACACGGGAAGCCAGUACUUUGUGAGAAGGGGCGAGUAUCCUGACUGCAUGGGCAUGGGCGACUGGUUCAGAUCCUGCCGCAUGAUCCCCAUGAUAUGUUCAUACAGAGGAUCCUACAGAAUGAGGAUCUACGACAGGGAUAAAUUUGGAGGUCAGAUGAUGGAGAUGAUGGAUGACUGUGACUCCAUCAUGGAUCGUUAUCGCUGGUCCAACUGCAUGUCCUGCCACGUGAUGGACGGCCACUGGCUUAUGUAUGAGCAGCCCCACUACAGAGGCAGGAUGAGGUACUUCUGGCCUGGGGAGUACAGGAACUUCGGUGGUAUGAGGUUCAUGUCCAUGAGGCGAAUCAUGGACUCCCGGUACUGAAAAACUAUGAUCCUAAAAGGGUACAUAUCAAAAUAAAUGACAAGUGUAUUACCAUAAUAAUAAAGAUUGCUAUAACCUCCACACUCCACUCCAAGAGGUUUGAACUUUUUCCUCAGCAGCUCAGCCUGUAACCUACAUGUCAACUUAGAUACAAGCCUGUCAUUCAAAUCUCUUAUGGAUGCAGUAUCAAAGGUGUGCUUUGUAAAGCUAUGUACUAUUGUCAAGCUAUGUCGAUUCAAGAUACUGAGAAAUUGAUACAUACCUAUGUAUACAGUAGGUUUGACUACUGUAAUGCUGUGCUAUCUGGGAGCACACACUGCACAUUAAACACUGGCGUAUUUUACAUGCAGCAGCUGGAAGUGUCACUAGGACCAGAAAGUUUGAACACAUAACCCCUGUGGCCUGUACUACGAAGUGGGGUUACUGGCUUAUGGGGAUAACUUGAUGGAUUUAAGGUAGUCUGGGCGAAAUGUAAGUGAAAGAAUAUGAAGUCCAUUUAAACCUUGAUACCUUAAAUCCGACCAAAUUAGCCAUUUUUGGUUGUAAGAACCAAGAAGCAUUACUGUUAAUUUUUACUUAAAUGCAAUGACAGUGUAUUUAUCUGUAAUUUGAACAGUUCGUUCUCAUUAUGCUUGUGUGAUGUGUAAGUGCAAUUUACACCUUUUGUAAAAUAGGGUACAUGGGGUAAAGAAAGUUACAAAGGGUAGCAAUCAAAUAAAAGUCUUCUUUGUAUGCAAUAACAAGCCAACAAAACAAAACUUCAGACCCUAUAUUUUUAAGCACAAGGUACAAGGUUUUAAUAAACUUAUUCCAGUGACUGGGAUAAAUGCCCAUUGAUUUACCUUAAAAGGUAUGGGAAAGAAUAAGGCUUGUUGCAUACUGUGUGCAUGUACAAAAUCUAACUUCCAUAUAACACACUAUAA